AUGUUUCCCCUUUCUACUGUCAAUCUCACCAAUAAUAGAAUCAAAACCUUAAGAAAUUUAAUAGAACGAAAUGGAGGGACUAUAGAACUUAACUCUCGAACUAUUAUGAUUGUUGGCUCUGAUGCAACAUCAGAAUCAUGCUAGAAAUAACUAGAAAAAAUGCAUUUAAACUUUGAAUAAUAUAGAUAGCAGUUCAUUAAUGCAGAUUGGAUAUCUCAAUCUCUUCAAGCUAAAAAUCUGUUAGAUUUUAAGAAAUAUCAAUUAUUUUCUGAAAUAGAGCAAAAGCAAAAAAGGGUAAGUCCUUAAUCGACAGAUACAAAGUUUGUGUACAUAGAGUCUUUAGCAAAGACAGUUCCACUUAAAGAAGAUGCAGAGGAUUCAUUGGAUAUGGAAAGCGGGGAAUAUACAAUUAUUAAACCUGAAAUGAGGGAAAAGUAUGAGAAGAAAAAAUAGGAAUUCAAAAGACAAAUGAUCAAGGAGAAUCGAUUUCUAUUGGAUUAUGAAUAUGACAAAGAUUUAGAUAACUAUCAUCAUCAAGUGGAUGACGGUUAUGAAUUUUUAUUAGACAAUUUUCAAAUUUUAAAAAAAGAAGAAUUUGAUGCUCCUCAAUAGAAUAAAUUUUAUGGAGAUGAAGAUUGUUAAAUUACAGAAAUUCGUAAACCUUCAAUAGAUAUCUUUUAAGGAUUGGAUAUGGGAAAGGCACUUGUAAAUGUAGAUUAGCCUUUAGUGAAUGCAUAAAUAAAAGAGACUAAGUAAUUCCAGCCAGGGUCCAAACAGUAAAUAUAAUAUUGGGAGAACAAAAGAGAGUUCUUCAUUUGCGAUGCAGGAUCAGCCUAAAAAUGUUACAAUAACUAGAUUAUAGAGGAAUUAGAAAAGUUACUAAAAAUAUAUACAAAUGAAAAAGACAAAGGAAGAUGUAUUGCCUAUCGAAAGGCUAUUGGUUAUAUAAAGUCAUUAACCUUUCCAAUAAGAUCAAGUGAAGAUUUAAAGGAGAUGCCAACGAUUGGAGAAAAAAUCAAGAACAAAAUAAUUGAGAUCAUCUAAACGGGUUAAUUAGUGAAAGUAUAAAAAUUGCAAGGAUAAGAGAAGAAUGUAGCAAUCACUUAAUUAUCUAGAGUUUGGGGGAUUGGACCAACAACAGCAGCUACAUUUUAUUUUAAAGGAAUAAAGACUUUGGAUGAUUUGAGGAAGAAUCAACAUUUGUUAAAUAGGAAUUAAUAAGUUUGUUUACAAUUGGUAGAGGAAUUAGAAUAACGGAUUCCAAGAGAUGAGGCAACAAUUAUUUAUGAUAUUGUGAAAAGGGAAAUCGAUGACUUAAGUGGAGUGCCGGGAUUAUACAAGGCUACGGCUUGUGGUUCAUAUAGAAGAGAAAAGGAGACUUGUGGAGAUAUGGAUAUUUUAAUAACAAGAUGUGAUGGAAAGAAUACUGAUGGUUUCUUAUUGAAUUUAAUUUAACGGUUAGAAGGAAAAUUGCUUACUCAUCAUCUCACAAUACCUAGGAGGGGAGAACAUGACACUGAGUCAUAUAUGGGGAUUGGAAGAAUCAGUAAUAAUGCAAUUCAUCGUAGAAUAGAUUUAAAAUUUUAUCCUAAAGAACAGUAUGGUUGUGCAGUUUUGUAUUUCACUGGUUCUGAUCAAUACAACAGAAGUAUGAGGCUAUGGGCUUAAAAAAUUGGAUAUAGUCUAAGUGAUCAUGGUCUCUAUCCAACUUAAAGAGGUUCUCAAAAUAAGGAAUUAUGGAAAGGAGAAGUGAUAGCUUGUGAGGAAGAAAUCGAUGUUUAUAGAAUUCUUGGGUUGUAAUACAAACCACCUAAAGAGAGAUCAGUAUGA